AUGGAGAAUAUCAGACUUAUUCCCGGUGAAAUGAUUAAAAUCAUCCCUACGUUUGAUGGAGAUAAACGUCAUUUAAAUCUAUUUUUAAGAAUGUGUGAAUAUGUUAUAGCUAAAUUUACUGGCACGACGGAACAGAAUUUGUACGUGAUGAAUACAAUAACAAGUCGCCUUAUCGGCAAUGCAGCUGCAUUAGUCGGGGAGCGCGAUGAUAUCGAAACGUGGGAUGAGUUUAAGCAAUUAUUAAUUCAGCAUUUUGGAGACUCGCGAAGUGAGGAGUGUUUAAAUAUCGAACUUGAGACUUUAAGAAUUAAACCCGGAGAAAGUUAUUUAGAUUUUUGCUGUCGAAUUCAAUCUUUGAGAUCAAUUUUAAUAGGCAAAGUUAAUCGGUUAUCGGACUCAAAUAUGCGUUGUAGUAAAAAGGCUAUUUAUGAAAAUACGUCAUUAAACGUUUUCCUGUACAAUUUACCGGAACAUUUAGUUCGAGUAGUGCGUCUCAAGGCCCCAAAUUCAUUAGAGGAUGCGCUCUCCACUGUAUUAGAAGAAGUUAACUUCCAUAGUCAGUACCAAAUGAGAAACAAAAUGUCUGGAUCUAAUCUCGCAUCUCAUUCACAAUCGCAUAACGCAUCGUCAUCAUUUAAAUUCGGUAAUAAUAACACUCAACCUCAACAUUUUUCUAGUUUUAAGCCCAUGCAAAUGAACCAACCACCUAGAUAUAAUUUUGGUAUCCCACCGAACAAGCAGGUGCAGAUGCCGCUUCCCACUCAAGGUCAGCAGCGACAAUUUAACAAUUUCGGAAAUUAUUAUCGACCACCACAACCUAAUAACAACCAAAUGCAAUUCGGAUAUCGUCCACCUCAAUUUGGCUAUAGACCUGUAGGCCUUCAGCCUUUGCCUUCGAUGCGUCCUCAACAGUUCGGUAUGCAACAGCGAUACAAUAAUAAUAGUAAUGCCCCACAGCAUAACCAACCGCGAAUUAACACAGAUGUGUCGAUGCGCACAGCACCUGUAGCACGACCGCAGCAAGGUUUUAGGGUAAAUGAAUUAGAAUUAAACGAGAAUGAUUAUAACGACGAUAUGUAUUACUACGAAAACCCACACUAUUUCGAUCAAUAUCCUAAUGACGCUUCUUACUGUUACCCCGAAUGGCAAUCCGAAGAAACUGUAAGCGCGGAAACUGAGACCAACGCGGCAGAUACAAAUGACAUCAAGACGACGGAAAAUAUUGAAAAUUUUCACAUAUACGCCUCAACCAAACCCCCGAAACCAUAG